UGGUGAGAGAGAGGCACAGAGCCGAGUCGGGGUGUGCUUAGUGAGACCGGUGCAGCGCGAGCAAGAAGAAGCCGCGGCCACUGAAGCACGCCCGGGGAGAAGACAUACACUCGGGAGGCAAAGUGGAAGACGUGAGAGAGAGGACCGCCCUGGGGAGAAGACGUACACUCGGGGAUCAAAAGCGGAGUUGAGAGAGAGAGGACCGCGGCGGCGGUCAAUCCUCUUCCCCCGAAAUUGAACGCUCCGUUAUGACUGCUGUAUUUAUUACUACAGUGGGUGGAACUUCCAGUUUGGAUGCCGCGAGAUUGACGGUGCGUUCUAUUGGGGGGACGAAGGUAGGUAGUUGCAGAAACCAGGCCAGAGAGGGGUCUAAAGGAAAAGUGGGAAGGAAGGAAGGAAGGACAGACAUCGGCGAAAUCCGAAUUUUCGGAGGCCGCUCCCUUACUUAUUUUGUCCUUUUGUGAAGAGACAGAGUUGGGAGACAGCAGGAGCGUAGAGAUUGUUAUGAAGCAGGCAGUCCGUGGAGAGUACUCUUAGAGUGUGGGGUACACAACCUGAGUGACGUGUACUGAGUUCUAUAACUUUAUUCUUGUCAGUCCUCUUUGGAGAGAUCCUUUUCCUUGAGACAAGCGAUAGAACAUGAAGUUGCCAGAUUACAGAAAACUAUGCAACACCGUGGCAACAAUCUUCUUAGUGUGAGAAAGAGUGCUAGGCAGCUGUACGUGCUGGUAUUACAGGACGAGAUUAGUGCUUGGUUCUCCAGGUAUGUGGGGCUGAAGGUGUCAGUCUGUGAGUACUCUACCGGUGCCCACGAGCUUAGAGGGUGAGUUUUUGACACCCAAACAAAUAUCCAAGGAACAUUACAAGAAGCUAAUGGAUCAUGCCCGCUUGGCUAUAAUUGACCAGGUUGUAUCCAGUACAGCCGGUUCAGGAGUUUUUUUUCACUUCAAUUGGGAAAGCUGUUUUGAUUGGGUUGUGGCUGGAAUAGGUGACGAUGCCAUUGGUAGGAGGCCGGAGUUGUGGCUGUAUAUGCUGACCGUAGUAGCCGAGCACAUCGGCUCAUUUAAGUACUUUCUGUUCGAUUUUGAUGAUAUUGUAAAAUCAUGGCUGCCCCGUUCCUACAAUCCGAAUAAAUCGGUCAUCGAGGGUUUUCUGAGGUCGCUUGCAAAAGCAUUAUCCUCAGGUGGUAACUCCAUUGCUUCCCUUCAAAAAAUCAGAAUCAUGGGUCUGAGUCAGUUGGAUCAACCUGCCCGUUUUUUGCGAAUUCUCUCUGAUUUUUUUCAGCAGCCCUACUGUGGGGUUGAAUGCCUUGACAUCUCAUUUGACAAUGUUGGGAAUGAGUGUGCAGCAUUGAUUCAAGGUAUGAUUUCCAAUGCCCAUUCAUUAGAAAAGCUGGAACUCAACUUUUUUGAGUGUGUGCGAAGUGAAGGUUGUCAAGUACUGUCUGUCAACAUGGUCCACGCUCUGCUGGCUAGUGAGAGCCUACAGUCUUGCAAGCUUGCGUGGGUUCCGGAAAGGGCACUCACCACUUUAGCCAAGAGCCUUGCAUCUAUGGACAUAGGCUUUGAUGGUGGUGCUCCUGCAGAACCGUUGGUCACACCCCUGAAAAUGAAAAGUGGGCUACAAGGGCAGGGAGUGCGAAGAAGAUCUCAACUCAAAGAUGUGAGCCUCAUCAACAGAAAGCUUAGCCAGGAAGCAACAACUGCCCUUGUAGCCAUGCUGGCAGCAAACAACACUCUUAAGAAACUGCGCAUUGAUUUUGACGUCUUCCACACUUAUGAGGCAGCUCAGGCAUACAUGAAAAAGAUUGUGAAAGGGUUGCAGAGUAAUGUUUGUCUUGAAAAGCUCGAUUUGGGAUUUCUCAAUAUUAAUGAAAAAAAUAUGACACUCCCAUCUGAAUUGAGGGCAGAGAUGCUCUCUACCUUGGAGUCCAAUAAGACACUUCAGGAGUUUGCUUUCAAUCGGAGAUCUGACAGAGUUAUUGAUCGUAAGUUGUCAAAAAACAAGACUGAACGCCGGUUGCUCGAGGCUGGUGGAGGCUUGGAACGCACUACCAGCAGCCACAUCAGAUGCUUUUUGGCCGGUGAACCUGAAGUGGGUAAGUCAACUCUGAAGGACUCGAUCUCUCGUGGAGCAUUGGAGUACUGCAUAGACAAGAURAAGCAGAUGACACCUGGUGAUCGGCCUGCCAAACCUCGAACGAAGGGCAUUGAGAUGGUCCAUGUCGCAUCGAAAGGGGUCAACAUCCAGUUCUGGGACUUGGGUGGACAACCUGAGUACCACACCAUCCACGAUCUGUUCAUGCCAACUCUAGGAGGGGACAUGACAGUUCCACCCAUCUUCUUGCUGCUAUUUAAUCCGCUGAUCGAAUGUGAGCAAGUAAGCAGUGGCAACUCAAGUGGAGACAGCUCGGCAGCUGCAGAAGUUGAGAAGAGACAGUGGGAUAAACUUCUUCAACGACUGAGGUAUUGGUUGAGAUUCAUCGCGACAAACUGCAAAGCCGAAAGAAAGCCUUGUGUGAUCCCAGUAUGCAAUCCUCACUUGACUCAGAAACAAAAGUUGUCUGACUUGUACCCUUGUGCGGGUAAGGUGGUCCGCUGGAUAUCUGAGGAGUUUCAAGAGACACUUGAUAUUGUGAAUAAGGUGCGCUUCCAUGAGAAAUUCCACGACAAGGGUGUUUACAACUGCAAGAAGGACCUUUCUUACAUAUUUUACAAUGGCUACGCGAUCUAUGUGGAGUUUGGGGGAAUCCAUGACGAUUGGAUUGACGUUAUGGUAUCGUCGCCCGGAGUUUCUGUUGAAGAAGCAGCCAAAUGGGUUGACGAGAACAUCUUGAGAGCCAUCUACCAACUUUGCAGCGAGCCGACUGGUCUCCCAGGUGUGGAUCUGGUGACGAAAAUUCUGCGUCCCCGCUGUUUGACAACGUCUCCAAUUGUUCCACGCAGGUACCGGAGUGUCGAUCAGACUGUCACAGAAGAAAAACUGAUCGAGGAGAUGGAGGCGGUGGAGAGGGAGGGAUAUAAUUGCAAUCAUUCCUGGCCUUCCAUUUGCGAUGAGAAGGGCCAGGAAAUUGUUCCACAAUCGUGUGAUGAUCCUAUGAUGCUGAUCAGACCGAAAACACUGGAGAGACACCUAUCCAUUACGAAGCAUGAGCUUCACAAAGUUUGUGACAGCUUCGACGUAGUCGAGGGGAGCUCGGGACAAAGACGGCGAGAAUCUGUUUGCAAAGACAGCACUGCUAGCUUCGAUGACCAUUCUGAGGCACCUUUUGAAUGUGAACAGCCCACAGGCAACAUUCAAGAGUUGGGCGAUUUGGUGACGAGGGGUGUUCGCUAUCUUGCUGAAAGAGUUGACCGAAAUUUCCGGUUCAUCGGUGAGCUGAAAGAAGAAGUGAAGAAUCUGAGGAAGGAGCAGAGUAAUGCGUUUACAAGACUCUGCAAUGCCCUGUCUAGCAUUUCCAUUUUCGCCAUUGAGCAGCACAGUCAUCGCCUCCCUCAUCGUGUUUACAUCACGGAGAGGAAACCUGGCUUUCGCCAGAAGCUGAGUUUUCUGAUUGGCUUGAAGCCAGUAGAGCUGCAUCUCAUGUGCGAAUCCAAAGACCGCUGCCAUGUUGUAGAUGGCCAGGAGGGGAAGAGGUUGUGUUUUCGGAACGAGGAGAGGCGGCAUUUGUGGACUCUCUUCAAGUGGACAAUUCUCGCUGUGACUGUGCUGUUGAAAACCGGCUGUGCAAUUUCCAUGGGCAUUUAUCAGCUUGUGCCGGACUUGGGCGAUUUGGCGAACUGGACAAGCUUUGUGAUCGGAACAGUGGGGAACGCUGGUCUGGAAUUUGUGGACCUGGAAGACCUCAAGCGGAGAAUGAAUAACGUUGGAAAGGAUAUGUUCAAGGAUGAUGGUCCGGAAGAUGGUGUGAAGCGUCAGAAAGCGAUGGACUGGCUGGAGGGAAUCCUGGAAGGUGGGGCAACUGAGAUCAUACGGGAAAGAUUUGGCCUCACAAGAGUGAAGUACAGAGACACCGGCUCGGUUGCGUGGAUUUGUACCCCCUGCCUUGAGAAGAGCCAUCUGGCUGUGGAGCUAUUUUAGGUGAGUCCAUGCAACCGAACGAAUAGGCACAUGAAUCCUACCUGCGGUGCACAAGUGUGCCGUGUGCCGAAGUGGUGUGCGGCCAGGAAAAGUAUUAAGGGAAAUUUCGGAACACUCUUUUUUCCCCCUUUUUUUAACGCAAACAUCCUGGGACGUCCUGUGGUCCUGGGCCGAUGGAACACAAGCUUAGUUUUUUUUUUUUUUUUGUCGUAAAUUCAGCAGCCAAGAUCCUGGGAUAUUGUUCCUGCCAAAAGCCCGCUUGGAACACGUUUUCGCACCACAAACUUUAAAAGGUAGUUUCCUGGAAUCUCUCCAAGCGCUCUGGGAGCUUGCGAUACAGACUGUGCACCACAAGUGCACACCACAAACUUUAAGGUAUGUAGUAUGUACUAUGUUUGUAUCAUUUGGAAUAUAACAUUAAUUUAUGUAUUUGUUUUCCAGACCAAGGUGCUUGUGUGACUCAAAGGGGUCAAAGCACUGUAUUUGUGAAGAAUCUUAAACUUUAAGCUGUUAUAGAGUAGGUGUUGGGAGGAGGAUCUGGUCUCAGCCAGAUUGCUUCAAUGUAAGGCCUCAUGAGCCUCUCAGCGGGCAGCAGAGGGCCAGUUGGCCCUGAACUUGGACGAGAAGAAGUAGAGGCCCGGUUAGGCAAACACAGGGACUCUGCAAGGCUGUGAAAGGCAGUCCUGACCAGCUGAACAGGAUCCUGAGAUUCUCACAUUUUCAGAAAAGACCACGGCAGGUCGAACUUCAUUCGGUAUGCAGAAUGCAGCCAAGCUCCCAGUGUACUAACUUCUACGUGAAGCGGCUCUAGGAGUGGAGGGCAGGACGUAGCACUCUCCCAGCAUCAGCUAUAACUACACUGAGACAGAAGACUGGUGCCAUAACCUUGAAGCACCGGUACACCGCACAUCGGCCUGCGGGUGUCAGCACACAAAACCCACACCACUUCAGAGGCCGCCGAUUUUGUUUUUCAACGGCGCCCCACACCGCGCGGCCCCUCCGAGUUUUGCUUGUGGUGACAAAAGCUUUCUGCAAGGCUGGGGCCGUGUACUUGCGGUUUGAGGUGCUGUGGUGUAGGCGGGAGGUUGCACUAAAGGGGAGAUCCUUGGAGAUAGGGGAAGUAGGGGGAAGGCUGUGGAGGAGAACGGAAUCGGCGGGAAGGCUGUGGAGGAGAGUGGAAUCGGCGAGCCACUGACGUGGUGGUCGCCACGAAGAGCAAUAAUAGGAUAUGUUCUUUGAGCGGGCAUCGGUGAGAGUAGCACGGUACUCUGUUCCCCUGUACUAUGGUGUUGCGCAGGCUAGCCCGGAGGGCAGAGUAGAUGGUCAUGCCUGCAUGUAGAGAGACCAACGAGGACUGAGAACUGUUAUUGCUGGGGCUGUGUUCGUCAUUUGGGGGAGAGAAGAGGGGUUUUCACCGUCUAAUAGAAUUCAAUGACGACUCGUCUUCUGCUGGUGUGAAAAAGCUUCGUUGUUUCCGCUCCUAGUCUGGCCGCCAUAUGCAUGCUGCCUGGUCAAGAAAGUUCCUGGACAAUGUCAUUGUGAUUUGAGUUUCUCCUAGUAUGAUUUUGUAGCAAUUUGGCAUUUCGUGGCUCCCCAUGACUGCGCUACGCACUGGCCGGGAGCUGAAGUUGCUGUGCACAAUGACGUUAAGCGGCAGUCUGAUUCGUCUUCUUCUUCAUUCUUCUUCUUCGUCUUCUUCUUCUUCUUCAUUCUUCUUCUUCUUUGCGGCAUUGUAUCUCUUUGUGAAUUUGCGAAUUGAAAUCGGCCAGGGCGGUAAACGUUAGCAAGCAAGAUAAGUAUGCAUCGCCCUAUCUUACCUGUCUCAUUGUCUUGACUGCAAUUCCUUAAAACUUAAGAUU